AUGUCGCUUCUCACACGAGUUUUUAUUAUACUUUUCACGAUCAACGCUCGAGUGUUCGCGUUCGACGCGUCGUCCGUUCAAUUGAUUCACGAUGCGAUCUCGAUUUUGUUUCCACCUGUUAGAGUAUCGCUGUAUGUCUGCCAAUUCGAUCAAGACGAAGCGAUCGAAAUCUCGAAAAUGAUGUCUGCGUACGGAUUGGGACACGAAAUACACGGGAGUCUUGACCAGUUUGUAAAACGAUCACAUGACAAUCGAGAUCAUCAAAUUUUAUACGCGAUGGACCUCGAUUGCGAUUACACGAUUCCACUUCUACGAGUGGCGAACGCGAGUGGCAUGUUUAUGGCUCCAAUUAAAUGGCUUCUGCUUCGCGAUCGGAUCAGCGACUCGUACUCGAUUAAGAUAAAGGAAACGUUCGAGGAUAUGGCCAUUUAUCCGGACAGCGAGGUGAUUCUGGCCGAAAGGCUCGAGGUGGACGGGUCCACGGAAAUAAUUUCUAUUUACAGACCGAGUCGGUUUCACCGACCGAUAUUGGAAAAUCGAGGAAACUGGACGGCCACCGACGGUCUACGGACAGCGAAUUUUCACGCGGCCUCCAGACGAAGGCGAGAUUUACAGGGCACACCGAUGGCGACUUCUUUAGUGUUGACCGAUCCCGAUUCCAUCAACCAUUUAACUGAUUACAAAGACAAGGUAUUAGACCUCGUUGCGAAAGCCACUUACCCGAAUCUGCUAUACAUAACCGAGAGAAUGAACGCAACUCUUAGCUUUCGCGUGACGAACACUUGGGGCUAUCGGAGUUCGAAUGGGUCGUGGAACGGCAUGAUAGGGAUGUUGGAUCGACGGGAAAUCGAUAUCGGAGGCACGGCGGCGUACAUUACCCAAGAACGUUUAGGAGUGGUCGAUUACGUACAGCUGUACAUCCGCACCAACCCGUCUUUUAUAUUUCGUAAACCGCUGCUGUCGACUGUGAGCAACAUAUUCACGCUGCCGUUCGAACGACCCGUCUGGGCAGCGGUCGGCGUGCUUCUGCUGAUAGUAGUGAUCCUGCUGUAUCUAUCCUCCAAGUGGGAAUACAAACGCGGUUUCUCGGAGUACUGGAAACAAUUCAACUCGUCGGAGCUCACGCUCAGCGAUUGUUUUAUGGUCGUGCUGGGAGCGGUCGCGCAACAAGGAUACUCCUACGAGCCUUACCGUAUUUCACCAAGAAUCGUCACCCUGAUGCUAUUAAUAGCAGCUUUGAGCUUGUACGCUGCUUACACGGCCAUGAUCGUCGCCCUGGUCCGAUCGACCACCGAUUCCAUCAAAACUCCCACUGAUCUCUACCACAGCCCUUUAAAAGUGAUCGUUCAGGACGUCGUCUACAACCGAUACUAUUUCAAGCACUUUCAAGAUCCGGUGCGGAAAGCUAUCGUGGCGCACAAGCUCGAUACGGAGGGCACAGGUCCCUGGGUCUCGAUCGAGGAAGGAACACGACGUGUACGCCAAGAGCUAGUGGCUUUCCAUGCGGAAUGCAGCGCGGUGUACAAAAUGAUGCAAGAGACGUACCAAGAAGAGGAGAAAUGCGGAAUCAUGGAGAUGGAUUUCUUGAACAUAGUGUAUCCGCUUCUGGUGAUCCAAGCUCGGUCACCGUAUUCCGAAAUGAUCAGGAACACAGCCCUUUUGUUACGCGAAUCUGGGCUUAAGUAUCGCGCUGAGUACCGAUUGUUCACGGCGAAGCCCAAAUGCGAGGGGCAGAUGAGUUAUAUCAGCAUCGGAUUCACAGAAUCUUAUUUCGCGUUGAUGUCGAUGGGAUGUGGAACGCUGAUCAGCGUAGUCGUGUUCCUCGGAGAGUUUCUUUGGUACAAAAAGAUUGAGCCAAUGCUCGUCUCUGACCCCAUCGUGUCGUUUCGUGAUAAAAUUAUGAGAGAAACUUGGACAGACGAGGACAAGGUUCGGAACGAUAAGAUCGACGACGGUCUCACCGAUUCGACGGGAUUAGAUUCAACGAACAUCGCAUUAGAUCGAGGGUGCAGUCAGUCGAAUGUUUUGAAGCAACGAUACCAUGGUAACGGUGUAAGAGAGUCGACGAGGUAUCGCGCACAGUGUACAAGUACCAUGUCGUUGUUCAAGACGAAAGAAUGGUGGCGAACGAGAUGCGGGACGAACGAGACCUUCGACAGGCACAGCCUCGGCACAGCUGCGUUCUUCGGAGAAGAGAAAAAGGAUAUUCUGGUGGUAGGAAGCCACGAGGGGUAUUUAAGAAUGUACUGUCCCUCGUCCGAGUGGAACGACGAGACGAAAUCGGCUACUAAUUACAAAUCCACCGAUUUGAUGAUCGAAACUCGUAUUGCCGAUUGCAUCGUGGACAUCGGAGCUGGUAGAUUCGUCUCGGGAUCGCAGGAUCUGUGCCUGGCUGUAUUAACACCGACGAAGCUGAUCGUUUACAACGUGGUCCUGGCUGAAGAGUCUACUGAAUACGGAGAUCGUUGCGAUUUGAAAAUCGCUUACGAGCACCAACUGGCCAAGUUUCCGGCCUCGCUGACAACGGGACCGUUCGGAGGAGUCCGCGGCAGGGAUUUCCUCUGCGUUCAAUCUCUGGACGGCACGCUCGCUUUUUACGAGCAGGAGGUGUACACGUUCAGCCAGGUUCUCAAGAACAGACUGCUGGCCGAACCGAUCGUCUACGUCUCGCGAUACGACCUUUUCGUUACCGCGAGUUCAUCUUGGUCUCUAGAGUGUUACAGGUACCAGAGCAUGGCGGAAUGGACGAGAACCAGGGAGGACGCCGGAGGCGUCGGCGAGGAGCGCACGGCGGCCAGCCGCCUGGAGCCAGAUUGGACUUUCAACAUCGGCGAGGCCGUCCUCGGCAUCGAGGCAGUCGCUUUGACCAGCUUCGAGGUCGGGAUCGUGGUCCUCGGCGAGAGACACUUGUACUGUCUAAAGGACAACUGCGCUUCGAUUAAGCACGCCAAGAGGCUCGAGUACAAGCCGCUUUGCUUUCGCGCUUACGUCGUCGAACCGGACGGGAACCUGAUGGCUCUCGUAAUCGCCGACACGAGCAUUCUGAUGAUUUACGAGGGCAGCACGCUCAAGUGGUCGGCGCAAUUGCCUUUCGCGCCCGUCACCGUCGCCAGGGUUCAGCUUCAGAACUUGGAGGGCGUGAUCGUGAUUUUGUCGGACGACGGACGAUUAGAGGCUUGCUACCUGGGCUCGGAGCCGAGUCUGUUCGUCGCUCCGCCGCUCCAUCCGCGGGGUUACGAUUACGCGGCCGCGGAAAAGCAGCUGUCAGAACUACGAGCUCUUUUGAAGAAGAGCAAAGACACAGAGACGAAAGCCAGUGAUGCCGGAUUGGAUGCGGAACUGAUCGUUUCGCUGAACGCGUCCCCAGAUUUAGAGCCACGAAUUCGCUCAGCGAACGAUCGUCCCGAAGAGGAAACCGAGGCACUUGGACAUCGGCUCGCCUGCAACGUAACGAUAGAACUGUCCUCGUACGCGGCUCUCCGAGACAUCGAGGUCUGCGUCGACGUCGCUAAACCAUUAAUCACGACCAACGACUUUUACGCUUUACCAAAUCUUUGUGAACGGCACGUGGCGAGCACGCAGGUGUACGUAAACGAUGACUCGCCGCCGAUUUCCUCGGAGAUCGCGGUGACCGUGACUUAUCGUACGGACGCGGGUAUCCUAAGGGCGCUUCGAAGAACCAGUCAAUUACCGCUUAAGAUGAUGCUGAGAAAUUGCCCGCCCGAGAACGCGUCCACCUUCUCGACCGUAAUCAAAACCAACGAUUCCCUGCUUCCCUUCAGCCAGUUGUUUCCCGAAUUCAGCGGAGAUCAGAUUCAGAAACAAGGUUCGAACGCGGUGGGACUACGACACGCGUGCUCUGGUCACACGGUCACCAUCGUUUCCGGCAACACGAGUAACCGUUAUCGGGUGCAAUCGAACGAUGGAUUGUCCACGACUUUGGUCGUCCACCGGUUGAUCGACAGACUCAGGGAGAAAGGGAAAAGCCAGCUGACCGCGAACAUCGGCCAGAAUCAUAUCCACCUGGUGCAUCAACGGAUAGAGGCUCACUAUCUAGCUCGCCGUGAGAUCGACAGGAUUACUAACGAGAUCGGACUGCUGACAAGCCAGUUGAGAAACAUCGAGAGGAAGAUGCUGCGAACCGUGAGAGAACGGAACGAGAAAUCUUUGACCGAUACUGGACUGCCGUUCCUUUUCGACUCGACUUGCACGGCGAUCUUCGCCCUCCUCGAGGAACUCGCGAAAGCGACCGCGGAACGAGAGCGAACCGGUCGCGAGCUACGAUGCGGCGUAGCAUUGCUGUUGCUGUUGCUGCGACUCAACGUGGCCGAGGAAAAGUACGCAGCGUUGAACGCAGCCAUCGGCUUCGAAUCCUGUCUAGCCGAUCGACUCGGUUGGGAAGAGAUCGCAGAGACGGGACUGACGACUCUACUGAAAUCCGUCUGGGGAAAAUCCGGGAUCUCGGAGACGAAAUCGUCCGGUUGGAACGCGCUCGUUCCUAUCGCCUCGAGCAAAGAAUUGAACAAGUUGAAGAAACGUCUGGUACACGCGAUCGAGCGUCUAGACGGUUCCAGGGAGUCCGACAUCGUGGAAGUCGAGGCUACCGAAGGCAGCGAUUUCGUGCCCGCCUGACCAUCGCCACGACUAUUUCAUUCGACACGAGCCACGUGAAUCAGAUUUUAUUUUGUAACGAGCUAAUCUAAUAAAGCGAGUAACCGAACAACUAUCGUUUAUGAAUGAGUUCAUGAGUUUAUGACGAAGACGCAGGUGUCGCGGAUCCGACGAAGUGUUCGAGGAAGCGACCGCGAUGAUCGAGCACGUUGCUGAUCGUUAUGUAAGAUGAACAUCUCUCGCAUAAUAAAUGAAAUAACUAUAUGCACGCUCGGAGCUCGGUUGGCGACGACUCCGUUCGGUGGAAACAACGGAAGCAGGUGCCGGCAGGACAUUUGACGAGCGUCGAUUCGACGAACUCCGCGCGAUAAGCCACCGCGGUGGGAUCUUUAUGUAAGCGGGUUCGGGUUCUGAUUCGAAUUUUAUUAUCUGAACGCGGUUCUUCUAAACGACGAUGCACGCGGCACGGCGUCCGACAAAGACGUACGCGAAACGAAACGCGUCACGCGAUGAUUCAUUCUGGCGCCGCGUCGCGCCGUGAUUCUGCUUUUCCGACUCUUAAUUAACGCACCGAACGUGCAAGGAUUACGCCAAGUCCGAAAAACCUGUCUCUCGUCGUUUGAUUGACUUUGCAUCGGCAGUCAAAGUCGCUGGGUGUCUGCCGAUGUCUUAAUUGUCCUAAUUUCAAACGUCGAUCGAUGUGGCACGAAAUAAAUAAACGUAAACUCGAACGGAACAAGGGAAAAUAGCGACUCUCUCUGAACGAUUGCCCGGCAGAUCGAAGAAGACUUGACUUUGCCACGAGCCUCGUUUUUAAUUCAAUUCCUCUUACAAAAUCGGAUUUGUGGUCAUACGUUUAAGAUUAGGAGCCGGAUAAAAGGACGAAAAUAAGCGUGAAGCGAUCCGGUUCGGAAUCGGAGCACAGGAAGGAGGAAAAACCGAGUUUGUCACGAGCGGUGUUUCCUGCGCGAAACGAUUCGCUUUCGCGGUCGACGCAAGACGAGGAGCCGCCGACUCGUAACCGCCUCCGGAAGCGAUUGAUUGCGAGCGCCGCUAAUUAGCUUACUACUAGCACACACCGAUAAAGCUCGCCGCCUCGGCGAGCAAGAACGACCGAUUCUCGGCGUCACGCUAAAGCAGGAUACGUCGUUUCCGGAAACGCGAUCAAGAUUACGAGCGAACGCUGCAACCUUCUUUCUUUCUUCGUUAUUUAGUCGGAUGGCUGCGUCGCAGAAUCGAAUUUAUCGAAAUUAGACUGUAACGUAGGAUUUUUAAAACCAAUGGUUCGUCAUUUGUAAAAAAAAAAAGUACAAGUAACGUAAGCUUCUAUGCGUUAGGUAAUAAAGAAACAGCAGAAAUGUCUGUAUUCAUAAUUAUUUGAAUAUGAAUUCUUGCAUAAACACAACACACAAUAAAAAUUAUGCAGAAAUAAGAAUCAUAGGACACAUAGACAGUUGCAAGUCGUGUACAAUCCAAUAAAAAAAU